ACCUCCGCCAACCGCCCCGCCUCGCCGACACCUCCCCUCCCAAUCGUCGCGACAACUCCGCCAAAAUGGUUCGCCUUUCGGCCCAAGUCAUCAGCGAUGCCCUCUCCUACAUCAAUCCCAUCGGCGAGCGCGAGUUAGAUCUCCGAGGCAAGAGGAUUCAAGUCAUUGAGAACUUGGGCGCCACGUCUAGCGAUUGCGACUGCAUCGACUUCACCGACAAUGAAAUUGCCGUCCUAGGCGGCUUCCCGCACCGCCCGCGCCAGACAACGCUGCUGCUCGCGCGCAACCGCCUCCAGCAGAUUUCUCCGCAGAUCGCGACCUCACUCCCAAGCCUCCACUCGCUCGUCCUCGCGCAGAACAACAUCAAGGAGCUGGCCGAUGUGGACCCGCUGGGCAGGCUGACGAAGUUGACAACUCUCGUCCUGAUGGAGAACCCGAUUGCGAGCAAGGAGAACUACCGUCUUUGGAUCAUCUGGCGCUGCCCCACUGUGCGCUUCCUUGACUACCGUCGCGUCCGCGACGUCGAGCGCAACGAGGCCAAGACCCUCUUCGGCACGGCUGAGGAGCCCACUCCACUAGCGAACCAGAUCAUGGGCCUCCGCACCAACACCUUUGACAUCCCCACGGCUGCCCCGACGGGCCCCUCCGACUCCAUCACGCGCCUCAAACUCACGGUCGAAGAGCGCGGCAGGGUCGAGAAGGCGCUGGAGCGCGCUCGUUCGCUCGAGGAGAUCGAUCGCCUGGAGCAGAUGCUCAAGGAGGGCAAGAUUCCCGGUGCCGCCAUCUGAGCGCUAAGCAUACUCUUCACACCGCGACCCUUUUCCUUUUUCGGCAAACGCGAAAGAUGCCCAGUAGGCACAAGACGAGUUGGUGCGCCUGGCCUGGCUUUGGCAGUACGCGACGGCGAUUCUUUUGGUGGGAUUGAUUGAAACUCUGUGGAGACGGAAGAGCUAAGACGGUUAUGGGAACAGGACGCUGCAAAGAGACCUGUGGGUCUGUCUUUUUGCCUGUUCUUCCCUUUCUCUUUCACACACGCUAUUCUGUUUCUCGAGAUCAUGGCAUCUGGCAUGGCAACGGCAUUGGAGCGGACGGGGAAAACAAUUCUUGCACCACACAAACAGAAAAAAGGCCCCGGACGGGUCCGUGAGCGCCGUCUGGAUAAUAUGACUAGGUCACGCCCUGUCUGCUGCGCAGCCAGCCAGCCGGUUAAGGCCAGGGUCUACUACACUUAGAUACAUACGAUGUGUAUGCAUAUGUUGCUCGCUCGCC